AUCAUUUCAAAAGUGACCGUGCUCGAGUGUAGACGUGUAUCUCCCCAUGUUGGUGUGAGCGGCGUUAAAACGCCUGAAAUUUUUAACAAGUCGUGACACAAGUUUUUAGUGUGAAACUACACUAAAAUAACUGCUAAAGUAUAUAGUAAGCCCACAAGCCACACGCCACAAGAUGGCGGACGACGAACAGUUCUCAUUGUGUUGGAAUAAUUUCAACACAAACCUAUCAGCUGGAUUCCAUGAAUCCCUCGUACGGGGCGACCUGGUGGACGUCACACUGGCCGCCGAAGGUCAACUAGUUAAGGCACACAGACUCAUCCUAUCAGUAUGCUCACCCUACUUCCGGAAAAUGUUCACCCAGAUGCCUGCCAACCAGCACGCAUUCAUUUUCCUGAAGGAUGUAAGUCACUCGGCACUGAAGGAUCUCAUCCAGUUUAUGUAUUGUGGUGAGGUGAACGUGAAGCAGGAUGCGUUACCCGCGUUCAUCAGCACGGCGGAAGCGCUUCAAAUUAAAGGACUGACUGAAACGGGAGAAACCGCACCCACACAUCAAUCACCCGCCAAAGAAACCUCCCAUCUACCGUCGGCGAGUUCGACGACCAUUCCAUCUGUAGCGUCGUCCCCGCGGGCGAAACCCGUGCCGCGAAGUCGUAUCCAGUCAUACAAACUCGACUCGGACGACGGAAGCGACCACGAGAAAGUACAAAUUCAAGCCACUUCUACCCCUGCCUCCAUUGCCAGCUCUAGCGGCACCGUGGUGACUGCUCAGGUCAUUGCGCCGCAGCAAGUGCAGAUCCUACAGCAACAGCCACAGUCCCAGAAACGCACCCUCCAGCAACGAGCCUCUAUCACCCCGCAAUCGACCCAGAUUAUGAAACGAGCCAAGCUCACCGAUCCGCUUGAAGCUUCCGAACCGACACAGAUCCAAACCGUUCAGAUCGUGAAGCAAAUCACUCAGACCCCGCAGCCAACGGUCUCCUCCGAACCGGAAUACGUAGAAAUGCCAAUCGAAACCAUCAACCCGAAAGCGGAACCGGAAUACGCGGACGAUCCGUCGGAGGUGGAAGCGAUCGAAGCGGAACACGAACAGGAACAAGCGCUAACGGAACAGGACACUACGGAACACGAUCAGGAUCAAGACGAUUCGGCACACUACGUGGAGGAUGAGACAUAUGGUGAUAUGAGCAAAUAUGACGAAACAUACUUUGCGGAGGGUGAGGACGCAAAGGCUGGCGCAUCCGGAUUUGGCAGUGAAUCGUACGCGGAAAGUGGCACCGGAGCAGACCAGGCAGCACAAGGAGACGAGAGUCUGUUGCAACCGGUCGAUGAUGUUCAAUACGUCCAACGAGGCAGGACACAGUACUUGAUGGUAUGUGGCUACAGGUUCACUCGCCAGUACAGUGGCAAAAAACGCAGCACCUGGGAGUGCUGCCAGCGGAAGCCAUUCGGAUGUAAGGUAACUGUUUCCACGUACGCGAAUUCCAGUAAAAUAGAUGUUCGGCGAACUCACAAUCAUCCGAUCGUAGCGGAGAAACGCGUGCGUCGUGAGCGUCUAAAAGCGAAAAUCAAGCCUUUGAAGGGGAAAAAUAGCACACGGGACGAGACUCCGCUUGAACCGGUCAAUGACGUUCAAUACGUCAAGCGCGGCAAGACACAGUAUCUGCUAGUAGGUGGUCACAGUUUUACUCUACAGUACAAUGGCAAACAACACAGCACCUGGGAGUGCUGCCAGAGAAGGCCAUUCGGAUGUAAAGUAACUGUGGCCGCUUACCCGAAUUCCAAUAAAGUAGAUGUUCGACGAACUCACAAUCAUCUGGUCGUUGCGGAAAACCAUUAUCGUCAUGAGCGUUUGAAUGAGCUAAUCGAGAGGGCAAACGAGACACCUGCCGCAUCAGGGUCAAAUUCGGACAAAAACCUAGAAUACGUAUUUGGAACCAAAGCUAUGCAACUGAUGGUUGGUGGUCACCGGUUCUAUCGCAAGAACACUUUUAGUACAUACACGGCCUAUGAAUGUUGUCAGAAGGCGUCAUAUGGAUGCAAGGCUACUGUUGCCACCUAUCAGGAUGAUCGUAAAAUGAGUGCUAAAAAUUCACACAACCAUCCCAUCAUAACAGGACGGCGUGAACAAGGUUCCGUUGGAAGAACACCGACAUCGGCUACAACAACAAGCAAGCAAUGCAAACCUAUUCCGGUGGAUUUGUUGAGGCCAGUAAAAUUCACUGACACAAAUUUCUAAACCUUUCUCGUCGUU